AUGUCAACAUUCUUCUGGUCAACAAUAGAGAUGUCAACAUUCGUCUGGUCAACAAUAGAGAGGUCAAUAUUCUUCUGGUUGACAAUAGAGAUUAGCAUUCCUUUGGUCAACAAUAGAGAGGUUAACAUUCUUCUGGUUAACCAUAGAGAUGUUAACAUUCUUCUGGUCAAAAAUAGAGAGCUCAAUAUUUUUCUGCUUAACAAUAGAGAGAUUAACAUUCGUCUGGUCAACAAUACAGAUGUCAACAUUCUUCUGGUCAACAAUAGAAAUGUCAACAUUCUUCUGGUCAACAAUAGAGAUAUCAACAUUCUUCUGGUUAAUAAUAUAGAUGUCAACAUUCUUCUGGUCAACAACAGAGAUGUCAAUAUUCUUCUGGUCAACAACAGAGAUGUCAACAUUCUUCUGGUUAACAAUAGAUAUGUUAACAUUCUUCUGAUUAAUAAUAGAGAUGUCAACAUUCUUCUGGUCAACAAUAGAGAUGUUAACAUUCUUCUGGUUGACAAUAGAAAUGUCAACAUUCUUCUGGUUGACAAUAGAGAUGUCAACAUUCUUCUGGUCAACAAUAGAGAUGUCCACAUUCUUCUGGUCAACAAUAGAGAUGUCAACAUUCUUCUGGUCAACAAUAGAAAUGUUAACAUUCUUCUGGUCAACAAUAGAGAGGUCAAUAUUAUUAUGGUUGACAAUAGAGAGAUUAACAUUCUUCUGGUUGACAACAUCGUCCGAAACCCUUGGUUGAUUGCGCUUCGUUCCUUUCUCCAUCACCGAAAUUUGACUAAAAGCGUCUUGUGUUGA